AUGACCCUCGCACCAGACGCCACUGAGCUUGCGCGCCGCCUCGUCGGUUCAGUCCUCAUCGUCGGACUGAAUGAUCAUGGUCUGCAGGUGGCCAAAGAAUUGAGAAAGGACGGUGUCCGGAAACUCAAGCUGCUAGACGGCAACAGGACGCUGCUGGAUCGUGCACGGAAAGAGCUCGAUGACAGGGGCAAGGACGACUGGCACUCCCUCGACUUCAUUCACGAAGACCCUGCAACGUUGAGCGAGCGCGAUCCUAGUGUGCUCGCCGCUCCCGACGUCAUUAUCACCUCUGACCAGACCUCAUACUUUGAAGUGGAUCUGGACACAUGUCGCUGGCAAAAGGGACACGAGCCCUUUGUGCUCUCACGGUGCUCCGGGUUUUCAUGCAAGGUGCAAUCAGUGUAUCGCCACAUUGUGGUCUUCUUUGGAGAGAGUAUACAUCGCGGCCCCCUUUCCUGGACGGCUGAGAGGAGGAUGUGGGUCUCGCAGAUCAUGAUCGAGCGCCUGCCGGUCACGUUCCUCCCGGUCUACCUUGCAGGCUCAGCAGUUGGGUCGGUCCUCGACAAGAUCCCACCUUCUAAACGGAAAUCAUCUUCGCUCACCAGCCAUCAGCGCGUGUCCCAAGCCAAAACGGCGUGCGAGGGACUGGCCAAGCAACGCGGAAUUAACAAGCCGGUGCUUCGAGAAGCUCUCGACAUUGUCCAAGUCAUGUGUGCUGGCGGGUAUACUGCCGAGCCACGAGUCGUGCAAAUCAUGGCGCAGCUCGUCGCGUAUGAGGCACUGGCGUUUCGCCAAGUGGGGGCCUUUGUCUGCCUGUUCGGUUUCAGCCUGUACGCGUACGAGGCGUACCACCACCCACCAAAGUUUGUCACCAAGGCGUUGAAUCGCGAGCUGGACCAGAUCGAGAAGGAGGACAAGGAAGGGAAUACUGCUGUAUAA